UUGCGCGUGCGACGUGCGCGACGGCAUUCGCAGUCCAGGAUCGCACACAGGCAGGCCGAGCAGAGCGAGAGAGUGGGGCAGCGGAUGACAAUGAUGGCCGCCACCAGCGAUGAACGGAGUGUUAUGGAACCUGGGCGAAGGAAUUCGGGGCAGAGCGAGCCCGUGGAUCGACUGAAGCUGCUCUACCCGAUGGUGAACGAGGAGGAGACGCCGCUGCCGCGCUCCUGGAGCACGAGGGACAAGUACAACUACAUAGGCCUGUCGCAAAAUAAUCUCCGCGUUCACUACAAAGGUUACGGCAAAACUCACAAAGACGCUGCCAGCGUUCGCACAACGCAUGCAAUACCGGCUGCCUGCGGCUUGUAUUAUUUCGAGGUGAAGAUCGUGAGCAAGGGACGGGACGGUUACAUGGGCAUUGGCCUCUCGGCGCGCGACGUCAAUGUAAAUAGACUACCAGGAUGGGACAAGCACUCAUACGGUUAUCACGGUGACGACGGUCACAGUUUCUGCUCAAGUGGCACCGGGCAACCUUACGGGCCGACCUUCACCACCGGUGACGUGAUCGGUUGCGGCGUUAAUCUUGUCGACAACACCGCCUUCUACACGAAAAAUGGUCAUCAUUUGGGCAUCGCUUUUACGGACCUCCCCACCAAUCUCUUUCCAACGGUCGGUCUGCAGACUCCAGGCGAGGUAGUGGAUGCCAACUUUGGACAGUUGCCGUUUGUCUUCGACAUCGGGGACAUGAUCAACGAACUGCGUGUACGGACGAGAUUACAGAUCAUAAACUAUCCCACGCCAGACCAUGGCCAGGGCCAGUGGCAGGCAAUCCUUCACAGAAUGGUGUGUACGUAUCUCGUCCAUCAUGGGUACCUCGACAGCGCCGAGGCAUUCGCCAGCAGCACGGGUCAGGUGUUCGAGGAGGACUACAGCUCCAUUAAAAAUCGACAAAGGAUUAUAAAGCUGGUAUUAUCCGGUCGCGUCGGCGAGGCGAUAGAUGUAACUAAUCGGUUAUAUCCCGGUUUGCUUGAUCGGGAUCCGAAUCUGCUGUUCGCGCUCAAGUGCCGCCAAUUCGUGGAAAUGGUGAACGGCAGUGACUCGGAGGUCUGUCCGAAUGGCAAUCCAAACCAAACCAGUGUGAUACAAUCGACCAAAGCGUAUGUGAAAUCUGCGACCGGUACCGUGGAAGAGAUGAAUAUCAGUAACGCGAUGAACGGCACCAGCGGCCCGCAGUUCGUCAACGGUCAGAUAGAGGAUGACGUAGACAUGGAGGAGAGCGGGGUCAAUGCUGUGAAUGGUAUCAAGAACAGUAACGGGUAUCAGAAUGGUAAUCUGGGAUCGAAUGGGUACAAGUGUCAAAAUGGGGAAGAUGUAGAUAUGGAAAUCGACAAUAGUGCCAAUCAAAAUCAGCAGCAGAACAGCAACAUUACUGAUAGUACGCCAAGUAAAAGUAACAAGAAGCAAUUGUGUGGCGGAAACAAACAGGCAAUCGAGAAGAUGUUGGAAUUUGGCAGACAAUUGUAUUCACAAUCGAUGCACCUAAGACAACAGUAUGGAAAGAACGACAGCAAUAAAAAGAUGUUGCAGGACGCUUUCAGCCUAUUGGCAUAUUCCAAUCCGUGGAAUUCCCCUGUUGGCUGGCAACUCAACCCGCAAGAGAGGGAAACAGUCUGCCAAAGGCUGAAUUCUGCUCUUCUCGAAUCUAGUAAUUUACCCCGCCGGCCACCAUUGGAAGUCGCGGCAUCCCACACGAGAGACCUUGUCCGCGCGAUGUCGACUGCCAAUUUAGGGGCUUGCGGAUUUGCAGUAGUAGAUAAUAUUAUCCAAUAUUGACGGUGCCUACGUCUGCUACCACGUUCGUCUCUUCUACCAGCGCGAGUAUGGUAUGGAAACUCCAUACAAAGAAAGAUUAAGAUUGCAAAAAGUACUUAGCGAGGAAAUCUUGUAGGAUGCGGAGGCGCAACGUGGAGCAGAUUGUUCUGUUAACGCAGCAACAUCGCGAUGUCGCGUGCCUCUUCAGCUAGAGCAGCCGGAUUCGUCGGUGCCUUGGCUCGAUCUCACACCACAGACACGAACAUGCAAGAUGAACGCUCAGACCUGCCAACAAAAAUGACACCUCAUCAAUUUGUAGCUUAAAUCGGGGAUGAACGGUCACUUUGGGAUUACUACGCCGACCAAGAGCGAGAAACGGCAGUUCACGAUGAUGCUGAUCCCCCGUUCCCGGCGAUCGGCUAUAUUGCCGCCGACUACAUCGCGUUUUUGACAUUGUUGUGACUAUUUAUAUGAUUUUCUGUAUCCUCCUUUAUUUUUCUCCCCUUUGUACUUUCUUUUGUUUUUUAUCCGACAACGGUUUAUCUUGGUUCGCGACCUCUCGGUUGUUUAAUCGCGCGUUACCCCAACGUUCGCGCGACAAUGUCGGAUUUCGCGUUGCCAUGUGAAUAUCCCAAAUCGCGAUAAAUCGCGCGUCGUUAGUUUAGUAGUCGCAAGUAUUGUGCAAUACGACGAAUAACACAUGUUACCGAUAAAACGGAUUGUACAAUUAAAGUCAAUCCGUGUGUAAAGUGUGACAUUUCUGUGAGAAACAUCGUCCUUAUCGCCAUCAAGUGGAAAUUAACUCGCGUACCUUGCGGCGUACGAGGGUAACGCGUAAUCUCAAAUUUAUUUGCAUUUAAAUGCGGGUUGUCUGUAUUAAAGUAUAUUCAAUAAUGAAAAAUCAAUCCGACAUUCAACCUCAUUAGAUGCAUUAGCAAAUUUGGAUAAUGAAGGGGAAUAACAAGUAGAACGCGAUAUAUUAUAUGUAUAUUGUGUCUCGUUCGCUUGAGAAAAAUUUAGCCGUGUUAAUUUUACGCAUUCGCGUUGGCUUCACAAUUUUUUAACUUAACUUUUGUACAUCGUAACGAUAAAAUAUUACUUGCUUCAUUUUGACGAAUCGGCGCGACGAUUUCUUUUUGUAAUUCAGUUUUCUAAUUAUUCUGGGAGCGGCGGAAGCAUGUUCAUUUUAGAGAUGGACGACAUCUUACGUUUAUAUAAAUAGUUGCGAAAAACAAAAAAACUUGUAAACUUAACUAAGGAGCGAUCUUGUACUCUACACUAAGUAAUUGUUUUUUAUAUGCGACAUAGUAUAUUAUUAUAUUAUAUAUUAUUAAAGAGUAAAAAAAAUGAGAGAGAGAGAGAGAGAGAGAGAGAAGAAAAAUCACAAAUAAGAAAAUCGUAUGCAGCUAGGCGUGCGUUUAAAUACAAUAAUUUACUAUAUAUACACGAAAAAAAAUCAUAUUAAUUAAAAUAGAAUUACCCGAAUCAAAUGAUUUUUAGUGUUAUUGUUUUGUGUACUAUAGGUAGAGCUAAAAUACGAAUAUGUGCGAAUACAGCAUGGAUUUGGCAAACAUGGUUUGAUAAAUUAUUUCGUUUCGUCGCACAUGUUGUUGUUAUCGCGAUUAUCCCGCCAGGAUAUUGUUUUGUGUAAAUUCACCUAUUGUUAAGCUGAUCGGAAAUUUGAUUUCGGGAAUAAUCGUCAUUGUUACUUCGAGAUUUGUUAAAGUUUCCGUUUUGUUGACGCGACCGGCGCAACAAAAAUUGAUGAAAACCCGCUCAUUCUUGUACAUCGGUUCACAUUCGCCGGCGCGGUACGACAACAAUUUAGCCGAAUCAUGAGAUGUGCUCGGUAGAUCGUCGUUCUUGUCCCUGGGCACAUUUUCGUUUGCGCCCUUCCGGUGAUUGGCUCCCGAAUGUCGUUUUGCCCCUAGCCUGCCUUCUAAGUCUUUCGACAUGAUACUUUCAAAAUGCAUAUAUAUUUUAGGUAAUAAAAGAUACAUUGUAAUAUAUACAUAUAUAUUUGUGCCUAUCUAACGUAACUUUAUUUGCGUCUUGGUUCGAUUCGCGCGAACAUGUAUAUACGUGCAUUUACGCAUAUGUUUCAUACGCAUCGUAUACACCUGCUUUCGUUUCUCUCCUCGUCUCCAAGAUUCAUCAGCCUAGCGCGCCGAGGAAAACCGCGUCGCAUUGUAUUCCCGCAUCGCGUACGUUCGCGAUGAGAGAAGCAGGGGGAACGACUACCUUCCUCCGUUCUCGUAAUGACAGCACGAUGAUGCACAUGCGUGUGUAGAGUAUGCACCAACCACGUCGAUCGUCGAAAGAUAGUAAAUGUUCACUCGGAAGAGAGAUUUCUCCUCGUGAUCCUCUCACUCAAGCGAUUCGUGCACAAAACUGUAACUAGCGUAUACAGAAGGUGAUCCGUUUAAGUAGAGAAGCAGUAAACACACUUUUUCGCUUUUACCUUUAACUUUGAGGGACUACUCGCACUUUAAACGCGCUCGCACACGCACGCACGCGCAUGAUUUCCGGUAACGUCAACGAUAUUCUAGUCAAUCUCGAGGGUGUUUUUGUUCUCGUACAUUGAUGGGGAGAUAUAUAUCAUGGCAAAUCAAAUCGCGUAUUUUUAUACUACGGUGAUUAAUCUUUAUCCGGGAGAUCUAUUUUCUGAAGACGUAAAAACGGGUAACGCUAUUUUUUCCGUAAGAGAGAGAGAGAGAGAGAGAGAGAGAGUGUCCCACAGGAAUAUAUUAUACACAUGCGAAUAUAUAUUUGUGUCUUUAUACUAUCACGAAGAUCGCAUGUAAUUUUAUGAAGCUAGGUGUGUAUUUUAGAGAGAGUAGCUUUACAUUUCUCAAGGAAUUGAGAGAAAGAUGCAUCUCAUAUUCGGAUACGACAGUUACAAGUGUUAUCGUUCGAUUCAUUUAUAUAGGCACGAAGUAUUCCCAUGCAGCAAAGACCAUUGUUGCUACAUUGCAGCAAUAUUGCUGCAAUGUAACAACACUGGUCUGUGCUGCAUGGGAUUUGUAACGCAUGUAACAGUUCGAUUAUAGCGAUUAUAGUACUUAGUUACUCUUAGUUUCGCAUUUUCGUAUGAAAGAAAAGUCAAUAUUCACGUCUCGCAGUACUCUUGUGUUACAUACGUGCGCGCGUGCGUGUGAUAUGCACACCAGUAAAAAAAAAAAACUACACAUAUAUAUAUCUAUAUACUAUAUGCUUUUUUUAUAUAUGACGAAAUAUAAUUGUAGUUUAUGUACGAGAGAUCAAAUAUCUCUCUCUUGAAUCCAAUUUUAAGAAGACGGGCAAAUACACAGUGGCGACGGCCAUCGAAUUAGUUGUUUCUAACACGCUCUGAGUACGUUGAAACAUAUUUUAACAAUAGAAAUGUUAUUUUUAUACGUGUACGAUGUAGUUAUAUUAAAUGAGCUGUGUGGCGUCGUGUGUGUAACGAAAUCGUGACAUGUUAGUAGAAUCACAUUAACACUCUGUCGUCGCUAUAUAAGUUUUCCGCGUAGGAAACGUGUACAGGGUGAUUCAGGUGAGAGCGGAUCUGCGUUCCCCUGCGAAACACUCUGUAUUGUGAAUAAAAAGCAAGAAAGCAAGAAACUAAAUCGAAA